ACAACAUCAUGUGAGUCUAUAUUCAUAAUGCUAUUUUGCAAAUCUUUAUAGGCAGUGAGAAGUGAAACAGCGCUGUUGAUCAAUUGUAUUUCCUUCCCUAUGAAUACCCACUUCCCCCAAAGCUUAGAUUUCUUACUUAGACUACAAACAGUGAACUAUGCAACAACAGCUUUUGUGACAGAACUUACCAUGGCUCAUUUUAUCAUCUUGGUUAUUUUGCCUGCUUUUUUGGAAAUCUCCACCGCAAGAAGAGAUACCUGUGAUCUACUUGCUGCCGUUGGAAUACGCCUGACUAUUUGUCCAUUUGUCUAUGAGAAGCUUACCAACACUGAAAAGCUGGUAUGGAUGCACAAUCACACUGUUAUUUACCAAAGGGACAAAGGGAAAGUGUCUGUAGGCAGACCAGAAGACAUCACCUCCAGCGGAUCUCUGGUGUUGACCAACCCAAAGCUCACAAGUGCAGGAGUCUACCAAGCUCAAGUCUACAACAUGACUGGUGCUCUGAUGAAAUCAUGGAGUAGUUUUCUAUGUGUGAUGGAAAAAGUACCCAAGCCUAAACUAACUUACAGCUGUGACAAGAAAUCUGCUAUGUUCAAUUGUGACACAGUCAAAAGUCAAGAUUUGCGCUAUGCCUGGACAAUGGAUGGCAAGAUCUUAAUGGGAGAGACAAAAUCGAUGCUUACGAUACCUUUGAGCAAACUUAAAUCAAAGAACAGUUUUACUUGUAGUGUGUCCAACCAGGUCAGUAAUGAGAUAAGUGACAAUGUGAUUCCUAUCUGUCCACCUUCAUCACAGAAUCUGCUGUGUUUUCCACAUAAAACUGUCAUAGCAGUGCUUGCAGGAGCAGCAGGUAUUGUCAUUGUUUUGAUAAUCGUUAUCAUUGCAUUGUGUUGCAAUCAGCGACGCAACAAAACGCCCAAACGCAGGGAGAAAGAGGAGCCCAGAAUGCUGUCUUUAACCAGAAGAGAGGUAGAAGCGGAUUAUGAAACGAUGCAUGUGCCACAAAGUUCUCAACAACCAAGUCCAAAUCCUUCUCCAAGAGCAGAGCACAGUGAACCCAAACAUGAAGCUGAAGCUGGAUGUGAUUCUCUGCAGCCAGCUGCCCCAAAGCAGGGAUAUGACCCCUCACCUGUGCCUAAACCAAGGACCAAAAGACCCAAAACACCAGACAUCUGAGCAAUACAUGGAAACUGGGUCAGCUCUAUGUUCUCCGGGAAACAUAAGUACUUUUUGAUGAUGGGCGUACCUAUGUAGUGUAUGUUUCAAAUAGGUUAUGGUUAGUGUUAGUUGUAAAAAGGUAGUGUGGCUGUGCAAACAUAGCAUUUUAGUAGCAAACAAAAAAAUAUAUCCACUGUGAUUUGGAAAUAUGAUUUGACAUGUUUGACACAGUUUGCCUUUUGUUAUAUAUAUGUGAAUGUCGUUUAAGUUUAAGAUGCAAAUGUAAUUUUAUUUUCUAAAGAAAACUUUUUUGUGAAAUGAGACCAAUUUACAAUCUAGCCUUAAAAUUACUCUCUGUUCUAAAAUAUUUAGUAACAAAAGUUUGUUGCCUAUCUUGAGUUGAGUGCCUUAUAUUUGUUC